GACUUCUAGCGCUCUUUGUGGAGGGGGGAGUUGACAUCAGUGACGUCAUGACAGGGGGAGGGUUAAACGCCUACAGCUUGGAAGAAAAGGGGAUCCUCUUUCCUCUAAAUCACAUGAUGGACACAGCGUUCUGGUAAGCACUAGUAAUCACAGUUCUGUUCAUGGACUAAAGAAGACGACGGCUGUCUACCUCUACCUUUGCACCUGCGGAAGGUUUGUCAACAUCACGUGGACACGCAUGCUGUUCAAAUAAAACCCUGAAAACGAUGAAUACGUUCAACGACAUCGCUGCUUGGAUCAGCAGACAAGCUUCCAUAUUCACCUUUGUAGUUCUGGGGUUUGCGGGCUACCUAUGGGGCGAUGAACUAUUCUGCUGUCCUUGCAAUGGGGGAUGCGUGCGCUUUGUAUACACCUUGUCACUAGCAUUUUCUCCAGCCUUUCUAAUUUUUGUUUUUGAUACCCACUGGACGGCUGUACAUGCUAGCUGGAUUAUCAACAAAUAUUGUUCAUUGUCGUCUUUUACCUUUUUUCGUCGUCCUCUGAUCCUUGCAAUAGCCUGGCUGGUCUACAGUGGCAUAAACCCAAGGUUUGCAGAAUGUUUAACAAAAGACGGUAACUGCACCUCGGUAGCAGAAGAACGCAAAGGGAACCUGUUGACAGCCAUUGCAGGAGGUGUUCUUUGUCUUAGUUUCUUCACGUUUGCUGCCUGUAUUAUUUACAAUAUAUUUUGCCAGAGGACAUAUCUGUUUAGCCGCUUUCCCCAGAACGACAAAGCAGAGAAAUCGAUUACUGAAGAAAAAGAAGAAGAAGAGAAACUAAAAAAAAAGCUCAAAGGAUUGACUCCAAAGACCCUAGCUGUCAUUGUGGAUGAAGAUCUUAUGAACCUUCAUCUACUGAAAAGCCUUACGGAUGAAGAUUUCAUAAAUUUGAAGGACAAGAUAACCAUUGGGCAGAUGAAAAUUUUACGGAGAAUAUGCAGAGAGAUGAAUUCUCCAAAGCAAAGUUCUGAUGAAAGAAAUACUGCUAGUGGUCAGUCUGCUAACUGUUCUGCUGGUCAUGAUGAUUCUUCCCAAAAUCUGAAAGCGCCAGAAAGGCAGGUGGAUGAAAAAACUCCUCUUCUUCCCAAAGAAGCAGAUCUUCUCGACAAAACAUCAUUAAAAUGUGAUUUCCGAUGUGAAGGAUCCCAAGUGGAGCGGUGGUACUGAUGUGUCUGUCAGAAACAGUCGUACUUUUGUUUAUUGUUAUAACACGAAGAAGAAUUUCCUCUUCAUGGAGACUCACAGUAUAGUGUGUUAACAUGGCUUGCUGAAGCGAUAUCAUCCGUUACUACUAGCUUUGACAAUCCCGGUAAAUUUAUGUUCUAUACCCAUGGCAAGGGAUAAUAUGGAUAUAUAUAUAUAUGUUAAUGUGGUUUGUAUUUGCAUACUUACGCGUUUUCACUUUUUAUUGUCUAAGGAAAGAAUAUUCUAAUGUAUUGUUCUAUUUCUUUUGUUUGUAAAGAGAGAGAGAGUGUGUGUGUCUUGCUAUUUUGCCAUUUUUCGGCGCAUAAAUUGGGUGGUGAUACUUUCAGCCAUUUCCUUUCUUGGUAACAGCAGCAUCUUUUACUGGUUGUCUUCUGUGCCGCUAGGGGGUGAUGUGCCGCGUAUAUAAUAAGGUUGACACGCUUGCGUGAUCACCAGAAGUGGCGUUCUUCUCGCUGUACCCCGCAACACAAACCGCCUGUGAGGUCAAAGGUCGUGGCGUCCUUAUCCUGAUUUGCACAUUGUGUACACAUCUCUUACAUUUGUUUGUUACAUACCUGCAUACUGUUUGCUUAUGAGUAUAUUGCACAGUAUUUUUCACCAGAUUAUUAAUCUCAUUAACCACAGGGACCAACUGAAGGGGGCUGCCCUAAACCGUGUCCGCUGGCGAGGUAUUGUUGCGGCACUUUGUUCCUCGAGGAGUAGCAAAGAAUAAACUAACUAUAUAAUCUGCUUUGCACGAUAUGCAUGUAUUACAGUGGUGUAAUAUCUUCCAUCUGUCUUUAAUAGCUUUAAUUUGUGUUGUCUAAUGUGUGUCUAUUAAACUGUGUGUAAUAUUAUAAUUGUAAAAGAGAUAUUUUUGAAAUUUUAAAAUGUAAAUAAAUUAAUAAAUAAUUAAUAAAGUGCGUUGGUGUAAACCAGUGGUUCUCAAAGUAUUUCGGACCGCGGACCACUUUACUUAAGUAAAAAAAUAUAACUGACCACCAAGUCAUAAAAAUUAGUCUGUACUGUGUAUUUCAAAUUUAAAUUGCCGCAUUUGUUUCAUUAC